GUUUUUUUAACUGUACCAGCCUUGUGUUUAGAGACGGUCCGCCUGUCAGAGGUUGACUGUCUGGUUCAGGCGGUUAAGUAACAUCAGCUGGCCUCGUAUUUAAUCCACUGAACAGCACAAGCAUGGUUUAUGACUGAAAACUAACCAGACAAAAAAGUGCGAAUGGCUACUUUCGUGUUUCUAGCUAGUAUGCUAACUUAGUUGGAAGCUAUUAACGUUACAUAGCCAUUUAACGUCAGUCGGUGCUUUUUACAAAACGAAUUACUACACUGUAAAUACGCACAAACACAGAUUGCGUAGGUAUAUUGAAAAAUAAAUGUAUAAACGUAAUAAAUGUGAAAACAACACAUUCAGUGGCUGGUUGCAGGAGAAAAAAGCAUUCAAGUUGCGUAAUUAGCCGGUCUGGGCCAGCCCCCCGCGCGCAACCUUUCCCCUACAUUUUAACUGUCUACGUCACAGGCGAGGCAACGCCGGCGCGUUCACGCGUCUCCAUGGCAACCAUCCACCGCCACAUUGGACUCGACUCGCGUUUCUCAUCGGAGCCAUCCUUGGGAGACGGUGAUCAAGGCUGCUAUGCAGAAAUACCCCAACCCCAUGAAUCCCAGUGUGUUUGGAGUGGACGUUCUGGACCGAGCCGUCGACAAACAGGGACGCCUCCACAGUCAAAGACUGCUCAGCACAGAGUGGGGCCUCCCGUCUAUAGUGAAAUCUAUCAUUGGUAACACACGAACGUGCACUUACAUUAAGGAGCAGUCGGUCGUGGAUCCCAAAGAGAAGACUUUCGAGCUUCAGUCCACAAAUAUCACUUUCACAAACAUGGUGUCUGUGGAUGAACGGUUAACAUACAAACCACAUCCAGAGGAUACUGAGAAAACAAUACUGACGCAGGAGGCUAUAAUCUCUGUGAAAGGGGUCAGUCUCAGCAGUUAUUUGGAGGGAGUUAUGGCCAGCACCAUCUCUGCUAACGCUGGAAAGGGCCGUGAAGCCAUGGAGUGGGUAAUCAGGCGACUGAAUGCAGAAAUUGAGGAGCUGGCAGCCACAGCACGCGGGACCAUACGCACCCCGAUGGCUGCUGCGGUCACUGAGAAAUGACACCCGCCUCUUAUUUUUUCCAGCAAAGUCAGAAAGAAAUGUUACAGUGCCACCAGCCUCCCUUUAUGAUGCUCUAAUCCAGUUUGGUGCUCUGGGAUUUUUUGUAUUAUUUGAGGGUACAAUUUAAUCAUUUCUUGUACACUACUAUCUACAUUAGAUAUAUAUGAAGCAGCGGAUUGCAACGUGAAGGGAUUCUGUGGAGUGCUUUCAGAGGGAUGCCACUUAGCAGGACUGCAGUGUUAACAGAGAGACUUGGGGAGGAAACGUGAGUGGCACGCUCAGGAACAAGUUCAAACAUCAUUGUUAUAUAAGUGUUUGAAAACAUGUAGCAUGGGCAGAUUGGUAUCGGAGGCAUCUGGUGAACUGUAAACACAAACGAGUGCCAACGCAGACGCUGCUUUUUUGUCCUGCCUCUUAAAAGCGCCACUACCAGCCGUGUUUUCAUCUGGCAAAAGACCUCAGAACACCAGCAAGUCUCCUCUGGCAGCGACAGAGUUACAGGACAAAAACAGUUAAUGUAUAGAAGUGAAGGUGAGGAAUACUCCUGUUGAGAUAUGAUGGCAGAAAACAUUGCCUUGUCGAGGCAGGUGUCAAGUGCAACGUAUGUCAAGGGUACAUGGAAAUGGUUGGUGUAACACAGACAUUGACAGUGACACGUAAGUGAAAUGUUUCACUGUCAGGUUUAUCUGUGUUCGAGCCAUCUCCUCAACAAUGCUUUCUUCCGGGACCUCAGUAAUAACAAGGCACACUGUACCGGGCAUCACAAACAAGCCUGAAUAUAAACUGUAUUUUGUUAUUAUGUAAUAACUAAUAUUGUUAUUAAGGUAUUUAAGUUAAACGAAGGGAUCAAGGUACUUGCCAUAUUUAUGUUUUAAAGUAAUGUAGAAGACCUUCUCAAAUGCUGUGUUAAUAUAACUUAUUCAGUCUGAGGUGUAGAGACAAACAGUAAAAACAUUACAUACUGUACCUGAACAUGUUUGCUGAGCUCAAACAGUCCUCUUUUGCAACAGAGUCAUCUCAGCAUGUUCUCUCAGCGUAAAAGGCUGAUAUCUUUGCAUGGACUUUUAUUUGCACUUGCAAAAUACAUUUUUAACAAAAAAGCUGCUGACAGCAGAAAAAUUCUGAUCAUUGCGAAACUACUGUUUGAGAGAACAAAGAAGGACAAAAUGCAUUUGAGAAGGUCUUUCUGAAUGUAACUGACAGCAGUGCGGUGAUGGUGAAUGCUUUAGUUUCUUUAUAUUUUUCUUUUUCCUGUAACAGGAAUAUUUAUUUAGAGAAACAGUUGGGUGUGAUGUAGUGACUUGGGUUGACCACUGAGAAAUGUGAUAUCACAUUUGUAGUUAGAAAUUGUAACUUGUGCAUUUUGUCUGGGUGCCUCUGAAAAAGAAAAAGAAAUGGUCACACACCAACUGCAGAAUGUGGCGAUAAAAUAAAACAUUUUGAUGAGUUUCAUAGAAAAUGUUUGCCAGUAAUUCUUUAAAUUAGAUAAACCUUUAGAAUUAAAAAGCCUGUUUGCUGCUGAAAGGAAAUUGAACAUAUUUAACAAUUAAAUGUUCAGUUGUUGAUGUUUUUCAACAUCAAUAUAAGUUAUACACUAUUUAAUAUAGAAUGGGUAUUUAUCCAAUUUGAUCGUUUUUAUUUUCAUGUAGCAAAAUGAUUAUGUGAAAACUGUCCAAUGAGCAUAUGAUUCUGCCAAAGUAUGAGCUUGAUUAUCUGAUUGGUAAUCGUAGGAUAUUAAAAUAUAUUUUUGCAGAGACACUACAUAUCACUUCAGUCUAAACACUUGGUGGCCAGAACAACUGCAUUCUUCUAACAAUGGUCACCUGAUAGAAACCACUGAUGUUCAGGAACAGCAGCAUGUUUGAGAUACAAGAGCGACAUGCUGCCACUCUGUGGCCAAAUCAUGCUAGACUUCCAAGUUCAUCUUGAGAAAUAGUGUUUAAAAAAGGACUGAUUUUAUGUAAUGUUGUCAUCUGGGAAACAAGACCUGCAGUUGACUUAUAUAAAUAAAUGAGUAAAAUGCUGCUGUUACAGUUGAAAAUAAAGUUAUCUGAAUUAUC